UGGACUAGGGUGCGAAUGGGGAAUCAGCUGCCAUGUGAACCGCUACACUGUCAGUGUUUUGAUACCGUUGCAGACUAAUCGGCUUCCUGUCGGCGUUCUCUGUGCAGUUUUACUCAGAAAAAAUGGAACAGGGCUUUGACAUUCCUGGCCUCGAACGUCUGCAUGAAAGAGACAUGCUUUGCCACACUAUGUUAGUCGUCACUUGAAAGCAAAUGAAUGAGCUCCUGUUUUUGUUUUUUUUUCCAUUUGCGGACUGUGUACUAUAGUCCCACAGAGGCCUGAUCUCUGUCCGUAACACUUUCCCUCAAUUUUUACCAAAAGCUCCAAGACCACCAGGCUCGCCACGCUCAGCCACUGCGGAGUCCGUGCAUAAGAGAAGUCGAUUAAAAGUUACGACCUAGCAGGUUGCUGUCAGCGGCAAGGCCAGAGCAGCUGCACUAUUUAUCGUUGCAGAGUGCCUGUUCGCAGAUGAUGGCUGUGAAAGGCAAAGGCUGUCCGAGGAGUCUAUCAGGUGCACAGAGAUCCAAAGGGGUCGCUAUGCAAAGGGCUCAUCCUGCAGGCAGGAUGUCUCAAAUACCAGGAAAUGGCCCUUGGUCCUCCAUUCUUCCAAGCAGAACAAACACAGAGCCCGACAGGGGCCGCUGGGUAGAUUUUUAUUGUAUUCUAUUUUAUUUAUUUAUUUAUUUAUUUAUUUGCAGCUCACAGAGAUCAAAUGCAGUCAUCUGUCUCCUGCUCCUUAUGAUAUUUUCCUUUUUGAAUGCCUUCCUCUCUGGACCUGUCAGCAUGACAUGCUGUGUGUGUUCAGCUGCUUUUGAAGGAGGUGACUACAUGCGCCAAACUGAAUUCACCAGUCUAAUUUAACGCCGAAGCUUCAGACUCAAUUUCCUCCUCCCGAGUGGGAAUUUGCAAUUCACAGCAGCGUGAGUGCCCCGACCCCCCGCCGCUUAAACCAUGUUCAAUAAAAACAGUGGUUUGAAUAAAAGAAGCCCUAAUUAGAGCCUGCUGACUGCGCACUUGUGUGCCAACAGCGGGGUAAUUAACACGUGGCCAAACUGGGCCCUUUCCCCUGCUCUCCAUUGGAAAAGGUGCUUAGUGGAAGAUCUCAGAUGAUGCGCCUGUCGCUACCAGCAGCCGCCAGCAAACUUCACUCAUAUCCUCGUUAACCCUCCCUUGAUACUUCAAGCCCUUCAAUUCAUCUAGGUUUGAGGUGAAGGGUGAAAUGCUAAGAAGCAACACUGCCGAGCCCGAAUCGACAGCUUUUUUUAUUUGGUAUACAAAGUGGUGUGUGAUUGUCAUCACAUAGCUCAAGAAUACAACGUAGCGUCGUACUUACUGUUUCUCAUUUCACACCUUGCACACCAACAAAGUACAAAAUGAAAUGUAGUCUUAUGUCGCUUCUUGUAAGAUCCGAUACAAGGCCUGCCUUGACAAAUAAAAUUAUGCAACUUAGGUUGUGAUGUAUUUAGCCUACCCGAUUGUUAAAAAUGUUUGUAACCGCUCUCCGUCUGUUGUACACCACUGGUAACUACAACAGAAUCAUUUUCAUUGCUAAAUAUAAAAGAAUAGAAAUUGGUUUUAAGACGAGUUUUAAUAAAGGAGAGCGAGGGGACUUCUCCAGCAUGUCUUUGACUUUGGAGUUGGCUGUCUUGUUUUCUUUGGCCUUGGCAAGAUGGGACUCCUUCACUGAAGGCUCUGAAGUCUGGCCUCCGGGUCAUACUCGAAGAUCCGCAACUCAUCACCCGUGACGACUGUCCCUGGCAAGUCAUUAUCACUCACGCUGCUAUUUGCUUGAUGACCUGACACAGAGGAUAUGUAUGUAAAAGCUAGUGGGAGGAAACAGUAUGCAGAGAGCUUAGGUCACACGUCGUACUCAAGGGCGAUUGAUUACGUUUGUCGAGAAAAAUCUCGGGUUGGAAAAUAUAUUUCGUGACACCAGUGCUUGAACUCUUCUUUCACUUUUUUUUAUUUUUUAUUAAAGCAACAAAAAUAUAAAAAAUCGUAACAACAGUGGCAGCAUUGAGGCAUACAGUUUGCUUUUUCACUAGUCUAAGUUGGGUUUUAUUGCCGAGUCCGGUAUGUUCUGUAUGUCGGCACUGUGAAUAAUGUGACUACCAUUUCGCCUUUCUGCAGUCAGCUUUGAUGUCACAAAGGCCAUUUAUCAUUAGCAGCAGUUGACAGGUCAGGUCCAUCCUCGCCACGUGUCUGCUUCUGUCUGUGUUUGCUUACGCUGGCAUUUAUUCAGUGACACGCGUUAGGCCUAUGUCAUGGUGGGUGUCAAAUCCUAGCCGCUUGGCCCAGACCCUGGCAGUAACGAGGCUGCCGUCAGCAGGCUGGACACUUAACUCAUUCACUCCCAAAGACGUUUUUAAACGUCUUUUCAGACUUGGUCCACAAUUGGCUGGUACUGAAUGAGUUAAGACACAGCAGCCCGCGUCCCACCGCCCCCACGUGCAGGCCCCCUGCACACUGUUCCCCAUUGUUUUCCACACCCGAAUAAAAGGGGGAAUUAAUUAGCCAGACGGUGCAGAGGGUUCCGAGCUCCGGAGUUCAGCCCCGUGCCUCAUCCCUCCAGCCGACUCGGCUCACGGUGAGACUGAGUGGAACAGCCAAGAGCAUAUGAAAGAACGAGUUGCUGCCAGCAACUGAGACAUUUCACCUUGCUGCUCCAUCAACUUGGUGUAAACUGCCUUCUCUAUCUACUUCACUUUAACCGAAUGGGCUAGUCGAAUAGUAAUAAACGUCAAGUCAGUUCAGUUCAAUUUGCCGUGGCACAGUUCAGAACGAUUCAAUCCUGGUCUUAACACUUACCCUAAUUUUCCACUCCAGAGUGUGCCAAGAUGAUGUGACCUGGCAUCAUUCCAGCGUGACGAAUUGCCGCAUCCACAUGGAGAUUUUUUUUUUUGCCUGAUUGAAGAUCUCUGCGGGACACCACACAAAGGAUGAGAUCCACUCCUUUCCCAACCCCUGCAGAAUUGGAUGCCUAUGCUAAAAAAGUUGCCAACAACCCCCUCACCAUCAAAAUCUUCCCCAACAGCGUCAAGGUCCCGCAGCGGAAUCACGUCCGGCGUACCGUCAACGGACUGGACACGUCGGGCCAGCGCUAUAGUCCUUACCCUUCCUCUCAGGCCAGCGCCAAGACUGGCCUCCUCGCCAUUGUCAAGGUGCCCGCCGUCAAGGGCAUCCUCAAAGAUUCCGCCGGCGGCCGAGCGCGCCUGCACCCCGAAGUCAUCAUGAACCACCUGAGGGGCCCUUACCAAGUGACUUCGACCAGCACUUUAAACCACCGCCACCCGACUCUGCCCAACCUUCCCCAACCUCAGCAGAGCUUAGCCCUGCAACCCCACGACGCACCUCAGACUCUACAGAUGCCACUGACUCAGCAGCAGAGCCUCAGACGUGCUCUCCCUGUGGCCCAGCACUCUCAGGGCCCACCUAGACUGCAGACUGUCUCUCAGCACCAAGCCCUCGGCCACCCGCAGGUCCCCUCCGCCGUCCUCCUUCAGCAGCAGCAGCAGCAGCACCUUCUGCAGCAGCCGCCCGGUCUGCAGGGGAGCAGAGAGCUGCCGGAUGGCGACGCACCACCUAACGUGACCGUCUCUACCUCAACCAUUCCACUCCCGAUGGCCAUGGGGCUGCACCAGGGCCACCAGCCAGACCUGAGCACCAUCGUGCACCAGAUCAACCAGUUCUGCCAAGCUCGGGCCCAAGGUGCCGGAUCAGCCUCCAUGUGCGAGGGCCAGAUCGCCAACCCCAGCCCCAUCAGUCGCAACCUGCUCAUCAGCGCUUGCUCCAGGGUGUCCAUGCACAACAACUCCGCUGCUGCUGCUGCUGCUGCUGCCGCCGCCGCCGCCGCCUCCGCCGGCUUCCCCCCGCACAACUGCAUCCACGGCCCUCAAGAGAAAGUCAUCAUCCAGGCGGGAGCCCACCCUUUACCCAGCAUGACCAUGAACCACUUGCCUUCCAACCACACGGAUCUCAAGCAGCAACAGCACCCUCAACAGCAUCUGCACCCAAAACCCAAUCAGCAGCUGCAACCGAACACACCACAACACAAGAUGCGCUCUUGGAAUCCGCAUCAGUUGACCCACGUGCCCCAUAUUCCCAAUGGUUGCAAGCAGCCUACCAGAGAAGCCACCUUUCACUUGAAGGGACUGGCCUACCCCGCAGAGAUGUGUGUGGGGCAGCCGUACAUGCUGAAGCCCCCUAUAGAGAGGCCCACCCCGUCUCCGCCCGUCAACCACAAUGGCAUGACGGGCCCCGUGGCGCACUACCCCAACGGUCACUACUUCCAGUCCCACAUUUGGAACAGCAGCAUCCUUCCCACACCCAACAGUGACAGCUCCGGGUCUCAGGACGUAGCCAUGCCAUUCCACGGGGCGGGCCCGGGGGGCUGCACCGCACUUGAAUGUGGGCCCCCGGGGGCUCCCCAUUACAGGCUACCGGCGAGCUCCUCCACCUCCUCUGCCCAGACUAAUCUGAUGCAAACCACAGAUUACAUGGGUGGGGACUUCCAGACGCCCUACUUCCGCGAUCAGAAUCUCGGGUUAAUGGGCAAGAUGCACAGGCCCCCUGUGAGCAGGGUGGGGCCGGAGGUCGGGGAUGGGAGAAGCGCUCUCAUCCAGCAUCCAGGGUACAGAUAAGCUAUGGCCUUGUCUCCGCAAGUUAUCAGCCCCGCCCCCACCCCUUUUGUUUAGUCUUAAGAAAACACAUGAUAACUUGACAAUACUGCUAAUCUUAAAGAGGGUAAACGAAUAUAUUUAAUUCAUGAAGAACAGUACUUUUCUUUUUUUUUCCUUUCUUUGAUCAGUCUUGCAAGUGAUCAAUUGUUUUUUUUUUCUCUCUCUUUGUUUUGGGGUUUGUGAAUGCUUCUACCUGGAACAUUUAGGAAUCAUGUUCCCGAUUUUUUUUUCCCCCCGCACUUCUGCUGUGUGUCAUUCCUGCUUUUUGCUCCACCGUACAUGCGUGUGCCUGGGUCUCGACAGAUCCUGUGUUAGUUCCACUUGACGCGUUUGCAAGGGUUUCUCAAGCGCAAAUAAUUCCUCGCCGGAAAAAAAAGCGGCAACACCUAUUGUCGGAUGUGCCGCGAGAAACUUCUAACUCCGACCUGUCAAGUAGACAAGGAAAAGACUUUUUCCGUGCGUAAUAAUCUUGUUUGAAACAGCAGCCGGAAACGUGUGUGUGUGUGUAAGUACGCAGAGCUUUUACUAUUUUCAGAUGUCGUUAUUUAUUUGUGUAAUAGGACUAUUGAAACUUGAUUCCUUCCCGUCGCGUACAGACGAACGCAAUCGUUUGUAACAAAGCAAGGACCCCGCAGGGAGAGUACGCGUUGCCAUGGCGAUGGGCUCUGUCCUGCUACAAAUGCUGCAAUGAAUUCAGGUGUUUUUCGAAAGCCCUGCGGCCGGGCCGGGAAGGCCUCGGUUGCGAGGUUGGGAAAAGUUUCGAGCAGAAAGGUCAUAAGCGCUAAAAGACGGCCCGAGUCAAACGAAGACGGCGCUCAACGUAAAUGAGAGCACUCCCAACAGAUUGGGUUGAAAACACAACACAGUAUUCACAUUCCUCCUACUAUGCGUGGAUGGAGUACACUGGACCCCCCCCCCCCAAAAAAAAAAUGUACAAUAAUUAAAAAAACAAUUGACAUCAUCACAAUUCAGAAGACAGUUGGAGUAAAAAAAAGCUCCCUUUCCAAAGGUCUUGUUGCCGUUUAUGUUGAGCGCUGCGUAAAGGGAGCCAUUUUCGUUCGCAAAGCAUUAUUCCGUAAACCCUGACAAAUGUAUUACUUGAAUGUGGAGCUGAUCGGUGUUCAAGGCGAUACAAUCGAUGUGAGUACAAAGUGUUACUAAUGUCACGUGGGAUCGAACCUCGCGCGGUCGAAUCCCGAGUGAAAAGUGUGUUUGCUACUGAUUGUGAUGUGAAGACCAAAUUGAUCACUUGCAAGAUGACGCGGACAGAAACAAAGCAGACUUUUUUUCUUUUUUUUUACGUUGGAACAGCAAACGCAUUGUUUAUUUUAUUGUACACUGGCUUACCUACUAGACUACUGUAACAUUUAAACUUUAAUGAUUGUGUGUGUUGACAGCUCGUGUGCGCGUGUGUGUGUGUGUGGGCGCGCGCAUGUGGUUGUGUGUCUCUGUGUGUUUGGUCAUCAUUGCGCCCAUGUUUUGUUCACCUACAAACCCCUAAAAAGCCUUAAUUGUUUGGUCCUUGGACUUUCCUUGAGCAUGGUUUUAAUGAAAACCCCCAAAUAAUAAUAAGAAGGAAAAUGGUAAGAAAACACAGACACAGCGCUUUUUUUGGGGGGGAGGGGGGAUUUUUUUUUUCCCCCGGUCUUUUUAUUUUCUAUUGACGAGACAGAGCAAUUUCUUAGACAUUUGUUAUGGGACGCAAGAAAAGGAAUGAUGUUCAUGAUACUAUGUUUUUAGCAAUGUGUAGUUACAGAGCUGUAACCCCCCCCCCACCACCACCACCACCCCAUCAGUUUCAAAGCUUCAGUUUUGCAGUUGUGACUAUUUAUAAUACUUGAUUUGCUUGUUAUUUAAGUCGCCCCCCCCUCCUGUUCUGUUGCUGUGAAAAGGAAGAAGGUCCAUAGCCUAUCUUUUUGUCAUUUGAAGACAGAUAAGAAGCAAGCAAAGCGCGUGAGAGUUGUGCUACUCUUUUUGUAAUAUUGUAAUAAUAAAAUAAAGUUCUAAUUUAUGCUUUUG